GAUAAACAACGACCCGCCCACCCCAAAACAACAAAACUCAACAUUCCUGGUGAAGAAGAUUGUGUUUUUGCAAUCCAAUGGCUUCAAAGAUUGUGGUAGAUGUGGUCAGUGACGUCAUCUGACCAUGGUGUUGGGUGGGGAAGCGUAAACUGGAAGCCGCGAUUGAAGCUUGUAAAAAAUACGAGUUCUCAGUCCGCUGGCAUCCGUUUAUGAUUCGCCCACAGAUACCGCUGGAGGGUGAACCGAAGCCACCAGACACACCGGGAAAUCCAAGGGUUGGUCAACAAUUGAAGGCAGCAGGUCAGGCCGUGAACAUCGACUUCACAGGGAAGUCAGACAUCCGUCCGAACACGGCCUUGUCCCAUGUCCUCAUGGAUUUCACUCUCCAGAAAUACGGAGCAGAGAGGCAGAAUGAUCUUGCAGAAAGUUUGUUCAAGGCGUAUUUCACCGAUGGAACCCAACUGAACAAGGCCGAUCUCCUUGAUCUAGCGCGUGAAAUGAACCUUGAUGUGGCGGCUGCUGAUCAAGCAAUGAGUGAUCAGGCGAUGUUUGAAGAGAUUUACAAGAAGGACGAAGAGUGGAAGAAAAAAGGUGUUUCUGGUGUCCCAUAUUUCUUGAUGAACGGCAAGCCGACCUUCUCAGGAGCCCAAGAUGUCAGCGCUUUCCUUGCCACGUUUGAAAAAGUGUAAUCAGUGAACAAUGCUUCAUGACCAGACCUAUCAAGGAUCUAAAUAGAUGUAGAGCUCCUCCUUUGGGCUUUUAGAAUAUAAGUUAACAACUUAUUAAUUAUAGAUAAUACACUAUUAAGUUUAUGAUUAUAAUGAUUGCCAUAUUCUUGCAGAAAAUAACUCUAUUCUUCUUCAGAGAAAGUCUCAAUGACACCUGUUUGAUAAAUCAGUUCGAACAGUUUGAUAAUUGACUUGUUUUGAAAUAAGACCGAGGACUAUUUUCUACAAGGACACGAGGUAUGUGGAGUAACAAUGCGAGGACCCACUGUCUCAAGUUUAUUGUACAAUCCUGUUGUACGCUCUUAAACAAAAGGAGACAGAGUUUGGUUUGAACAUUCUUAUGCCAUAUUCCCCGACUUUUCGGUUCAGAAGUUGUUAAAUAUAGAAAGUUAUCUUCUAAGAAUGAUCUUUUUAAUGAAAUUAAAGAUAUUUGUUUGCUAUUA